AUAUAGUGAAUGCAGGGUCCGGGGAGAGCAGAUAUAGUGAAUGCAGUGGUCCGGGGGGAGACCAGAUAUAGUGAAUGCAGGGUCCGGGGAGACCAGAUAUAGUGAAUGCAGGGUCUGGGGAGACCAGAUAUAGUGAAUGCAGGGGUCCGGGGAGACCAGAUAUAGUGAAUGCAGGGUCCGGGGAGACCAGAUAUAGUGAAUGCAGGGUCCGGGGAGACCAGAUAUAGUGAAUGCAGGGUCCAGGGAGACCAGAUAUAGUGAAUGCAGGGUCCGGGGAGACCGGAUAUAGUGAAUGCAGGGUCCGGGGAGACCAGAUAUAGUGAAUGCAGGGUGCGGGGAGACC